AGCAGCAGACGCGAAAGGCUGUGCGCGAUGGUGGGGGCGCCGCUGUCUCUCUCUCUCUCUCUCCUACGCAUCUCCGCGGCGACGUCGGCAAGCUCUCCUCUCGGCGCGAGUCGACUAGUCGCGGCUCUACCCUACUCGGCGCUGCCGCUCGUUGUCGCCGAGCCAGUAGUGGCGCGUGUUGUCUCUCCGAUCGACGUCCGUGUGCGCGUGUUUACCUCGCCAGAGGAAGAUCCUCGUAGUUCCAGAGGACAUCGACGUGAGGAAGUCCAGCUGGGGAAUCGCCAGCAGAGGCGUGCCGGCUUCGAGACGAGGUGGACCACUCAACGCACAGCGGCCGUACCUGCAUCUGCCCUCGUUGAUUAAGAUUGUCAGCAUCCGACACAGUUUUGUAACCUAUUAUGAACACGGGGAAUUCGCACGAGGUCGUUUGAUGCCACACCGGAACAGAGCCAGUGAGGUCCUCUUUGACGAACGAUGAGCUAGUCGAGGUUACAGAGGGUUCCGGCUGCGUCUAGCUCUCGCACGCUCGCGACUUCUCAGAAGGAACAGGGCUAUGCUCGACUACCCGACGAAGACCAGUAGCAGCAGCAACAGCAGCAGCAGCAUGUCGUUUCUGUUUUCCCGCGGACCUCCGCGCAGAGGUCCGAUACUCUGCAUAGUGGCCCUGCUCUUCCUGCUCGUGCUCUACCAGCUCGGCAUCAUCUGCAGCGCGCCCAAGGAGCCCACCGCCGUCAUGGUCGCCAAGGAGAAAUACGUAGUCGGACCGAACGAUCAGAAGGUGUAUCCUUACGACCGGAACAUGCCGCUGAUCUUCAUCGGAGGAGUGCCUCGAUCGGGAACGACGCUUAUGCGUGCCAUGAUGGACGCUCAUCCGGAAGUCAGAUGCGGCCAGGAGACGAGAAUAAUUCCUCGUAUACUUCAAAUGCGGUCACAUUGGCUAAAAUCGGAGCGCGAGAGCGUCCGCCUCGAGGAAGCAGGCGUGUCCAAGGAGGUGAUGGACAGUGCCAUAGCGGCGUUUUGCCUGGAGGUGAUCGCGAGGCACGGCGAACCUGCGCCGCGGCUCUGCAACAAGGACCCGCUGACCCUCAAGAUGGGCUCCUACGUGCUCGACCUCUUUCCCAACGCCAAGUUCAUAUUCAUGAUCCGCGACGGCCGUGCGACGGUACACUCCAUCAUAUCGAGAAAGGUGACCAUAACGGGCUUCGAUCUGACGUCGUACCGACAGUGCAUGAUCAAGUGGAACCAGGCCAUUACGAUGAUGUACAAGCAGUGCAAAGACGUGGGUCCGGAGCGCUGUCUGAUGGUGCCGUACGAACAGCUGGUGCUGCAUCCUCGCGAAUGGAUGCAGAAGAUCCUGCUCUACCUCGACGUGCCCUGGAACGAGUCCGUCCUCCAUCACGAGGAGUUCAUCAAUAAACCCGGCGGUGUUCCUCUCAGCAAGGUGGAACGUUCGUCGGAUCAGGUGAUCAAGCCAGUGAAUCUGGAGGCGCUAACCAAGUGGGUCGGUAACAUCCCGGAAGACGUGGUACGUGACAUGGCCGAGAUAGCUCCCAUGCUCUCCGUCCUCAAUUACGAUCCCUACGCCAACCCGCCCAACUACGGGGCGCCCGACAAAGUCGUCAGCGACAACACGAGAAAAGUCCUGACGAACGGCCAGGUCUGGGAGGAAAUGGCUCGCGAGCUCGAGCUCGAGAAGACGUCGACGCACUCGUCAGACUCCAACAGCAACGGCACAGACGCGUGACCUCCGUCCUCUUCGCUCGUCGAUCUGUCCAGGCUGUACAACACCCACGCCUCCGGCCACGUCUAACGAGGAGAACAGCUGCCCGUUGCUCUAUAUGUAUGGGGAAAACUGCAGCGUAAGACUUCCUCUUUAUCUGCUGAGCCCUUUCGAAGGCCAGCUCACCAGAGGAGGACGUGUAAUAAGACGUUGGCGCGCCUGAUGUAUAUUAUGUGUAAGUCCGUUCGCGCGCGCGUGGAGGGCUGCCGUAGAAGCUGUGUGACUGAGCCUGAUUAUGCCUGAGAGCGAGCUUGUUUUUCUUUUUUAUCUCUCUCUUGUCCUUUGGAACCUCGGCCUCCUUGUGAAAGAGUGCAGCGAUGUUGUCGACGGGUUGAAACUUAUUUUCUACGUUGUUUGUAACUAGGAAGUGGCGUAUGUGCAGGCACUAGUAUAUAUUGUUAAUGAGUCGACUGUACGGGGGGAAGCGCGAUUGCAACGAUUGUACUGUACCGUUGCGAGAUAUUCUAAAAGUCAGUGAUUUGACAGACCUACGUAGGGCAUUCCUUCGAACGUACCGUCGCGAUUGCGUUUUGUAUUCUUGUUUCAUUUGCGAAAGCACAGUGUUAUACCGAUAUCGAAUUACGAGCUUUGCGAUCGAAAUUGUUUGACAUUCCGCGGAAAUAAAACUUGUUCGUUGGGUGUAGUAUAUGCUUAUUAAUAGACAUUCCGGUAUGAUUCUCGAAUAGAUAUACACAGGUUAAAUGAUAAGCAAGCAACUAAGAGGAGAAGAAAUGAAAUAAAAUAAACGAGGAUAUGCCCAGUCGGCUGAAAAAGAGCCAGCUACGCAAUCUUCUUUCGCAAGGAGCAAAGAAGGCGGUGCCGCGCCCUUCCAAAGAAUAAAAAAGUGACUCUCGGCUCGCAAGAGCGUCGUGCCGAUUGCCCCCGUAUGUGUUCAGUCUGUUCACAUCUCGAUAUAUACGAUAUAUUGCAAGCGCGCACGCAGAGAUAUAUUCGCUCGCCCUGAGCGGAACGUGCCGACGACUGUGGUCGUGCGGCGCGCAUGAUUGCCUGCCCGCAGCGAUUGCACUAUGUAAUGCUACUUCUCGAGUGAUUUGACCCUUUCGUGCGUCGUAUUACUUGUCUUCUUGUGUUUUUUUUUUUACUUUUAGUAUUUUAAAAGAAAGACGCAAUCAUAAUACAGUCGAAUUAUUUCGAAGAUCUGUUGAGAGGAAAUAUUAGGCUUUUUUAGAGAUAAUGAUAAUGUGUCCUUUGUUUUGCGUGCAAUCUAUGAAAUUGAUUAAUUUUUUUGCAAUAUGAAAAUUUAGUUUAGGGAUUAUCACUCUUUAAAGUUGAAAAAAAAAAUGAUAUACCAUAUUAAAUAAUUAGUUCGAAGCGUUGGGAAAUUUGAUAAAAUUAUUAGUAUAGGGAAAGUUACUGCUUAGAUUUUUUUUAAACUAGACUUUAAAAAUAUUACAAUUGAUUAUAUUUCAUAAGUUUUUUGUGUAAAUUACAUUCUAAAUAUAGGAGUAACGUCUUGUUAUCUGAUAGGAAUUUGGCAUUUUUAAUACAAUGAUGUACAGUAAAGUUCAGUCGAUUACAAAGUAUAUUAUUUUUUUAGCUAUAAAAACUUAACUGCUAUUGUCUUUAUUCAAGUAGGCAAUUGCGAAAAUGACUGUGCUUAAAACUUGCAUCGCUAGCACAUACACAUUUUCAAAUCGAAACAAACUUUAAAACGCGAUUAAAAAGCGGCUAAACGGCAAAAUCAUCAAGUUAUUUGUGGGGACACACAAAAACUUGUUUAACUAUAUCGAUUGGUAGCUGCAAAUUUUUUGCAUUAUGGCAAGCUAUUAGAAUAAUUUUAUCAAAACAGCUAAACUAAUUUAUUAUCUGCUAAUUAUUAUAACCGAUAAGGGUAUCCGUAAAUUAAGCGCCGUGUAAAAUGGAUAAAUUUGUUGUGCAAGCGAAAGAAAGAGGCUAAGUGCAUUCUUGAGUAAUUUAUUAUUGCGCGAUUCGUAUCGCAGCAUUCAAUGGUGCUAAAAAAUUUUUUUCUGUUCAUAUCAUGGUGAUGUAAUAGAAUAACUAUACUGUGUAAUGUCUAAAUUGUGAGUAAACUUUCACUUUGAAAGUUCAUUACGAUAAUGAAAAACUUCGUUUUUGAAAAAUUAAAAAAAUUAAUUAAGGGGAGGUGGGAGCUAUAGCUUCGCAAAUCCGCCACGGGGUAUUUAGUAUUCCAAAUGCCAAAAAAAAACUAAAAGCCGUAUUGAUAUUUUCUUUCGGUAGAAUGAUUCACUUAUCUCAAACCUAUGGCGCUCUGCUCAUUAUAUUGAUGAAAUUUCAAAAUUAAAAGUUAAUAAGUAAAAUUGAUGUUUGAGGUUGGCGCUGUAAUCGCAUAAACACGCGUAAACACCCGCUCGUAUUUCACAACUUUUACAAAAACCAAAAGUCCAAUUGGUAUUUUUUUCGGUAGAAUGAUUCACUAAACUCAACACUAUGGCGCUCUGUUCUUGGUUUUUCAUUGCAAGUUUUAUUCAAAAAGUUAUAUAGAACAGAAAAACAGUGUUUUCAGCUCCCACAUCCCGUUAACAUCUAAUCUAAGCGUGAGUCUCUAUGUGCACAAAAGAGUUUUAACUUAUAAACACGAAGAAUCGGGAGGAACGCAUAUGAAUCUCAUAACUAUGUGUGAUUGAGUGUAUCUGAGAUCAGAAGUAUAACUAAAACGAGUUUACACAAAAUCUUGUUUUGAUCGAAUAUUACAAUGCACACUAAGUACUAAUGAACGUUGUUUAAAUGUUAUCAUUUCGAUCAUUAUCUUUUUAUAUUUUGUAUAGUUUACGUGAUUUCUCGCGCUAUCGACGAUUCUUACCAUACAAGAUAUUUUGAUAAACGGCCAGUGAUAUAUGCUUUGUGACUUUAUGUGCAAGUUUCUUUUGAUGAAUAGAAUUUUGAUUAUUAAUUUAUGCUUAUCUUUCUGGAAUAAUUUUACAUUUCACAUUUAUUGUUUUACACGGGAAUAUUUCAUUUCAGUCAUCAAAGAUAUAUGAAAUCCAAUAUAUUACAGUAGCAUACAGAAUAAUUCGUAAAAUAAACAAAAAUGAUUAGGGUUUAAAGAAAUGUAUUGAGCUUGAAAUUGCAUUUGAAUGCUCUUGCGUUUUACAGAUAUAGUUGUUAUGAUGAAAAAAUGAAAUAUUUCGAACAGACUAUUUUUAAAAUAUUUGUAAAUGCUUCUAAGAAACUACAAAGAAUUUUUACCUGGAAAAAUCGAACUAUCGAUUCUGCCAUAUAUUUGACAUCAUUUUACAAGUAAACUUAAGUUUGCCUAAUACGGUCGUGAUGAAAAAAAAACCUUAUUCAUUAUAACCAUCAUUGUUUUUUUGUAAGCUGCAAUUUUGUCUGUUGAGAGGAUAAAGCGAUGGGAUGUAGAACGCUGUCGAUAUUCACAAGAUAUGAAUGUAAUUGUAAUGCGAUUGUACAGAGGAAAGAAAAUAUUUGUAAUAUUGUCGUGCGUGAUAAGAGAGCUCUAUUGUCUCUUGCUGACCUGGGAUUGUCUUCAUUGCAGUUACUUUAUCGGCAAACAUUUUAUACGUUUUUCUCCAUGUUUACGUGGUUCGAGAUGGGAGCAUAAUAUACGAAAAUAUACUUGUAUACUCUUAACUAUAUCUUCUAAGCUUGGAAAAAACGUUGAAAUAUUUGCCAAAUAUCAGCUAAUUGUGUUUUUAGAUCGUAACGUGACAUUACCCAUUUGUCGGCAAUGUUAAUGUCUAUCAUAUGUAAAAUUAAAAUUAAAUUAUUUUAAUAUUACGCACACGUCUUUUAUUCUUUUCUUUUAUAUGCAUCAGCAGAACUUCUUAUAAUUGUCAUUGUAAAAUUUUAGACACAGACAAGGAAUUUACAUAGCAAUGCGCAAUUAACUUUCUAAACAAAAAUACCAAUCUACUACGAAACUGAUUGACACAACUUUUAUUGAGCCAAGUAUUGUAUUUAUAGUAUCGUAACAAUGUGAUAUUGCAGAAUUCUGUUCCAGGUAAGUACCAAGCUACUGUAUAGAGUGAUAUAAUAUUCCAUUAGUCUCAGUUCUAGGCUUCAGUUCUGUGUAUACUAGAGACGAAAAACGAGUAGUCCACUGUAUUUAUCUUUCCAAGCCAAACAAGUAACCAAUAAUAAGUGCUCAGUCAAGAUUUCACGUUUUCACUAUACUCGGUGUGUUCGGGUGUUUGGCCAUCUACAGUAACAUACGAUUAAAGUGUUUUUAGCGAUAGAGUUUUAAUAAAAUUGAUAUAGUUAGCGGUUCUGUUUGUACGGGUCACACGAUUUCUUCUGUUAUUUCAAGUUUGAAUUGUAGAACAAUACAAAUCACAAAACCAUAAUACACGAGAACGUUUAAAGUGUAAUUUAAUUUGUGGACCUAGGAACAAUUUUGGGAAUCUAAAAUUGAAAAUGAAGAUGUCGAAACUACUAUGCGUGGCAAUAGUUUUCAGUAUCAUCGGACUAUCGAUGGUCGUGGCAAAACCUUUCGAUGAACAAAAAGUAAAGUUAUAUGAAACUUAUUAUAGAGCAACCGUGCACCCAACAAGUACAAUAAAACCUCCCAGCGACGAAUAUGAGUAUGGAGAUUAUGGAGAUAGAGAUCAACCGUUUGUAUAUGAUAAUCUUUUGUUGUAAUUUACAGCUUAAACAAAUUAAUUACUGUUAUCUCUUAAUUUGGUAAACAUUCUUGUAAUACCGAUGUAAAAUGGGAUUGUACAUUUAAAAUUAUCAUGUUACUAAAAACGAAAAUUAAUUUUCGAUAGUUGCUCGAGUUUUUAUGUUGUAAAUAUUGUUGUAAAAUGUAAACGCAAAGUACUCCAUAGAGUUAGCUAUUGCUGGUAACGUACGACGCUGUGCAUGGUCGAUAACAGAGAUAAAUCGAUUUUUGAAAAAGAAGGAAUUUCAAAAGAAUAAACGAUGAAAUUCAACAUUAAAAUUUUUAAUCGUAAAAUUACAUACAUUUAAGAAUCAUCUUAAAUGAUCAUUAUUCCUUUACAAUUAUUUACAAAUAAAAAUAGAUGAACUGUUUUGAAUCAACAAUUGUAAACUAGGGAUCACAAUAAAUUAUUAUUGACAUCAA